UCACAAUCUUGAGCCACAAGUACAUCUUUUAGAAGGGAAACUAUCCAACAGUGUACUGACCUCAAAAGGCUUGAGAUACAAGGAAGCAAAGCUGAAGCCCUAAGAGCACGGCAGAAAAGCCAAGAACCUGAGAGGGACUCAAGAGAAACAUUCAGUUUUAUUCAUAGUAGGCACUGUUUAAGAGUUUACUAUUGGAAAUAAUGUCACUGUGGACUUUUAAAGCAGUGAUGGGGAAGCAGUUUUUCUGGACAGCAUUCUGUGUUUUGAGCCUGCUGGAAAAUCAAGUUGCUGGUGAUGAAGCCACAUCAGUUCAUGUAGCAUCUUCAGGGACUCUUUCUCCAGAAACAUCCAUCUCUACAACACAGCCAUUGACAGCCAUCAUUACCUCAAAAUUGCCAGCUGGGAACUCAACUGCCUCUACAAGUAAUGAGCCAGGUCUUAUGUCUUUAGAAAAUUCAACAGAGGCAAAAAGCAGGACAAACGUCAGCAGCAGUCCUGCAACACUCACAACCAAACCCACUUCAACAAAUACAGCAGUGCAAACAUCUCCAACACAGGAAAGAACAUCAUAUGGUCCCAGAAAUGAAACAGCUGAAACCAUAUCUUCAACACCACUUGUGGCAUCUGCUUCUACUGUGCAUCCAAAACAUUAUUUAUCUGGCUCACCUACCACAAUCAAAACUGGUGACAGCAGUGUGAUGCCCAACAUCACUUGCAUUAAUAUAAAGAAUGUGACUACCACUGGAGUGAUAUGCUUGGAGCUCAGUGAGACCUACUCUUGCCACAAGUUUAAAACAUUGAAAGGAAUGGGCCUAAGAGAGGUGGUUUGUAAAGAGAAUCAGCCUCCAUGUCACAUUAAACUGGCAGAAUCGGAAGUGAACCGCAACUGUAUCCUGUUGGUUGAGGUGGCCAAUAAAGGUGCAAAUGCAUUGGAACAGGUUCUUCAGCAGCAGGCAACUGCUUUGGAACAGCUAGGCAUAAAACCCCAUAAACAGGAGGACAUUCAGAGUCACAAGAACUAUUCCCGGAAGACACUUAUUGCUUUGGUCACCUCUGGUCUUCUGCUGGCAUUUCUGGGAUUGGCUGGAUACUUCCUUAUGAAACGAAGGACCUGGAGCCCCAUGGGGGAGAGGCUGGGUGAAGAUCCAUAUUACACAGAAAAUAGUAGUCACGGCAACACUGUGACUUCUGUGGCCUCUCAUGAACAGUCCGACCUGCAGGAUAAACCAAACUUCAAUGGAGGUGCUCGGGAAAACGGGACUGGCCAGCAUCCAAGCUCAAAAAAUGGACACUCAACUAAGCCCCAUGUUGUUGCUGAUACUGAACUGUGAGAAAGAUAUGACCAAAGCCUUUCUGAUAUGGCUUAAAAGACCAGAGUGGAAAUAUAGAGGAGCUGGGAUGCAAGAUGUUAUAAAUGGAAUCAUAAUCCUUUUAUUUUUACAAAGAGCUCAAAAAUCCCAUUCCAAAGCAUAUGUUCUCCAUGAGCUGCCACAGGACUUAGCUGUGUGUACAAGCUUUUGUUUGUCUAGCAAGUUGCUUCAAUGGGAUCGGGCAUGUUUAUAGUAUCUUUUUUGCUCUGUUUCAGACCAAAAUGAGAUGUGACUGUCUUUUACAACCAUCUAUCCAUGGAAAGGAUAGGAAUGUUGUCUAGAAAUUUAGGGUAGAUUUAUCAUUGUUAGGAAUUUCCUUUAUGGCUCUAAUGCUGCUGAGGGGAAGGAAGGACCUCUUCACAAUUCUGCUAAUUCACAUGACCAUUUUUCUGUGGUUAAAUCAACACAAGUGAAUCAGUUUUGCGAAUUCUCAAGCACAUGGCCAUAUUGUGAUUUGCCUCAACCUAAGUCAACCCACAUUUUUAAUUUUUCAAAAUACCAAGAAUUGCCAUUUGGGUGUAUACUGGUGCAUUUACUGGACCAGAUCACCAUGUUAAAAUCACUGAAAAGGUCAGACUGAUGGUUAAAAAAUGUGUGCAUCAAACCUCAGGAAACCCAUCAAUGCUAUUAUUUCUUUGGUAGGGCACCACCUGUCAUUCCCACGUCCAACUCAGCGAUCCCUCUCCUGCUUCUGUACUUUAUGUGCUGCAUUGCCCUUAACACUUACUGGCAAUAACACAAUAAGCGAUCACAAGCCUUCUGAAGGACCAUUUGGCAAUCCCUGAACAACAAUAAACUCUUUAUUAAACUUGCUUUCCAGGGGAAAACCAGAUGGCCUUUCACUUGAAAACAUCUAAAAUAUUGAGAGAGAGUUCCAUAUCUAGCAGUUCCAUAUUCAACAUGGAUCUGCAAUAGGCAACUGGCCUGAAACUACAAAGGCUGCUCACGUGGACUCCACCUCCCAUCAGCUCGAGACAGCAUGGCUGAUCGUGAUGAUGGGCACUGUAGUCCCAACAACACAUUAGGACUGCAGGUCAGAGCUUGGAAAAGUUACUUUUUUUGAACUACAACUCCCAUCAGCCCCAGCCAGCAUGGCCACUGGAUUGGGCUGAUGGGAGUUGUAGUUCAAAAAAGUAUCUUUUCCAAGCUCUGCUGCAGGUUCCCUGUUUCUGCAAUAAAGCAUAGAGCAAGCCUUAGAAACAUUGUCCUCAAUACUGAUAUAGUUAGUUCUGUUGAAAUUAAUUAAUUAAUUAAUUGAAAUUAAUGGCACAAAUUAGUUCAAUUAAAUCAACUAAACUGUCAGUCCUCUUAAGGCUGCAAUACUAUACACACUCAAAAUGGUAAUAAGCUGUGUUGAAUUUAAUGUGGUUUCUAAGAAAACUUGUAUAAGAUUUGUGCUGUAACUUAGGUAAAGUGACUGUUGGAGCCCUUGAAUCUAUUUUCCAAACAACAUUUUUGAGAGUGUAUUUGCAAGUGUAAAUCCAUAUCCUCACCUUAAUCACAUCUGGUGUUUCAACUUCUAUAGAUUAAUUUAGCUCCAUAAAUUUUUGUCCCCUUCCCCGCAAAUUCUAAGAAGCUGCUUCCCUACUUUGCGCUUUACUCUUAUCAUUCCCCCAAACAAUGUUCAAUGCCAUCCUGGAUUUAUUGAUUAUGUAUGCUGUUUUAUAGCUAUUAGAAUGCAGUACAAAAAUAGGACUUGGCUUUGAAAUAAAUUAUAUUUCCUUUUCCCCCACCCCCAUCCCAGUCAGUAUGAUCCUUAUUAUUUUACAUUUAAACUUACACCUUAUUAAUAGGAAUAAUACAGGAAAUUCUAACAUGAAUGAUGCUUGGUUCUCAGAUAAUUGCAGGACCAAAUAGAUAAGGGAUAACAUGUCCAACAUCAAGUGACUUAUUUUGGAUCUGAAGUAAAUUUAUGUAUUCUUUUACAGAAGAAGUUAACAGUGAUUCUGGGAUUCUUCUUAUCCAAGGACAUUUAACAUGCCAAGCUUUGAUUUGUCUCAAGGUCUAGCUGUUGGGGUAAUACCCUGAUUUUUUCCUAUAAGAGAAUAUGUGGACAAGGAGAACAAAAAAGAGAAAAUAUUUUAAUCAAACAACCUGAAUUCUUCAAUGUCUCUCUUUCUUCCAAUAAUUUUUGAAGGUCAGAAAUAUUGGCCCAUUGUGAUUUAAUUCAUGGUUUCACCCAUAACAUUACAUUAAAAUUCAGUUCAUAGAUUGAAAUUAUGUCUAUGACAGGAUUAAGUCAACAGUAUAAAAAUGUUGUUUUAGGUAGAGCUUGGCCAAAGAUUUAUCAGAAAACAACUUUCAAUACAUUUUUGGAAAUGUUCCUUUUGGGUCUCUCUCCAAACUGCUGGAGAAUUUUGACCCCUUCCUUCCCCCGGAUAAUAUUUAGUGCAAUUCUCUCCCUCCUGCCCCCAAUUCUCAGCAUAUAAAUAAAGUGGUACAGCUGUGGUUCCAGCUUUAAUUAUUGUUAAAUAUUAUUUUAAUAUUGUUCAAGGAAGCAAUGGGCUUCCCACUCAUCCACCUUUCAGUCUUUCUCUUUUAGCCUAUUGCUUCAUUCAUCAGCAUGAGUUAACACUAUACUGUAGUUUCAUUCAGUACUAACUGAGCUGAAAUUUAUUGGAACAGAAUUUUCUGGGAAUUUUCUUUUUUGGCCAUCCCAAAACUGUUGGAGAAUUCUACCCCCCAAUCCAGAAAAUAUUUGGUGAAUUCCCACCACCACCACCACCUGCAUUUUGCCACCCACUAACAGAAUAAAUAAUUAAUGGGAGGCUGUUAUCACACAGCUCUUGUUUUAGGCUUACUGAACACCAAUGGACAGAGACCUAUGUUAACAUUAUUUAUUUAUUACUUAUUAAAAGAUUAUACCACUUUUCCUCAAUUAGAUAUAAGAGUAGUGGGUGGAUGGGUGCUACUGUAAUUAUUUCAGAGUUUUAUUACCCUAAGUAAACAUAUGCAUUUGGCAACUCUCUAUGCCUCUUUACAUACAAAUAAAUUAUUCACCAUUUCCUGAUUGGGCCAUAUUCAAUCAGUCUUUAGCUCUGGAUCUCAAUGUACAAACGUGGCAGAAAUCAUAGAAUCGCAAAGUUGGAAAGGGUCUAUAAGGCCAUUCAGUCCAACCCCCGACUCAAUGCAGGAAUCCAAAUUAAAGCAUACCCGAUGGGGUUGUCCAGCUGUCUCUUAAAAGUCUCCGGUGUUGGAGAUCCCAGCACCUCCCUAGGUAAUUGGUUCCAUUGUCAUACUGCUCUAACACAGUUACGAAGUUUUUCCUGAUGUUCAGUUGAAAUCUGGCUUCCUGUAAGUUGAGUCCCAUUAUUCCGUAUCCUGAACUCUGACUGAGAAGAGAUCCUGGCCCUUCUCUGUGUGGCAACCUUUCAAGUACUUGAAGAGUGCUAUCAUAUCUCCCCUCAGUUUUCUCUUCUCAAGGCUAAAUAUGCCCAGUUCUUUCAGGCUCUCCUCAGGGGUUUUUCCCCCCAGUCCCCUAAUCAUCCUUAUUGCCCUCCUCUGAACCCUUUCCAGUUUGUCUGCAUCCUUCUUAAAGUGUGGUGUACAGAACUGGAUGUAGUAUUCAAGAUGAGGCCAUACUAUUGCCAAACAGAGGGAAACUAGUACUUCACGCAGUUUGGAAACUAUACUUCUAUUAAUGCAACAUAAAAUAGCAUUUGCCUUUUUUUGCAGCCACAUCACGCUGUUAGCUCAUGUUCAGCUUGUGAUCAACAACAAUCCCAUGAUCCUUCUGGCAUGUUGUAUUGCUGAGCUAAAUAUCCCCCAUCUUAUAAGUGUGCAUUUGAUUUCUUUUUCCUAGAUACAGAACUUUGCACUUAUCCCUGUUAAAUUUCAUUCUGUUGUUUUCAGCCCAACGCUCCAGCCUAUCAGGAUCCCUUUGAAUUUUGUUUCUGUCUUCCAGGGUAUUAGCUACCCCUCCCAAUUUUUUAUCAUCUGCGAAUUUGAUAAGCAUUCCUUGCAUCUUCUCAUCCAAGUCAUUAAUAAAAAUGUUGAAUAGCACUGGGCCUAGAGCUGGGCCCUGCGGUACUCUGUUCGUUACCUCCCCCCAGUUUGAGAAGGAGCCCUUGAUAAGCACUUUUUGAGUACGAUUUUGGAGCCAACUAUGGAUCCACCCAAUAGUUGUUCCAUACAGUCCAUGUUUAGCUAGCUUGCUAAUCAGAACAUCAUGGGACACUUUGUCAAAAGCGUUGCUGAAGUCGAGAUAUAUUAUGUCCACAGCAUUUCCACAGUCUACCAAGGAGGUUACCUGAUCAAAAAAUGAGGUAAGAUUAGUUUGGCAGCAUUUGUUCUUGAUAAUGCAGUAGUCACUGCAUUGUUUUUAAGGUGCUUACAGACUGAUCUCUUUAUUAUCUGCUCCAGACUUUUUCCAGAGAUUGAUGUCAGGCUGACUGGUCCAUAGGUUCCUCCCUUUUGCCCUUUUUGAAGAUAGGGACAACUUUAGCCCUCCUCCAGGCAUCUGGUACUUCAACCAUCCUCCGUGAUUUCACAGAGAUAAUAGUGGUUCUGAGAGUUCUUCAGCCAGUUCCUUCAAUACUCUCUAGGAUGAAGUUCAUCGGGCCCUGGAAAUUUGAACUCAUUCAAAGUGAUUAGGUAUUCCUUGACCAUUUGUCUACCAGUCUCAAGCUGCAGUCCUGCCCCUUCAUUGUUUGGCCCAAGAGUUUCAGACUAUUCAUUUUAGACAGAUUAUUUGCAUUAACAUAAAGAAAUAGGUUGAUGCAGCAGCUUCUUCUAGUGCAGUGGCUCCCAACCUGAGGACUGUGACCCCCAGGGGGAGCACAAAGUAAUCAAGAAGUAAUCAGUCUCAAGCUGCAAUCCUGCCCUUUCAAGUUCACAUUUCCCAGGAGAGUGAUCGACACUCUUUUGAGAGAAGACUGAGCCAAAGUAGGAAUUGAGCACUUCGGCCUUUUCUUUGUCAUCUGUUACUAUUUUGCUUUACUGAGUAGCUGUACCACCAUUUCUUUUCUCUGUCUCCUACUAUGGAUGUACCUGAAGAAAACUUUUUGUUGCUUUUGGCAUCUCUCGUUAACCUUAGCUCAUUCUCAGCUUUAGCCUGCCUGACACCAUCCCUGCAAAUCCUUGAUACCUGUCUGUACUCUUCCUUUGUGGCCUGGCCUUCCUUCCACUUCUUGUAUGUGUCCUUUUUUGUUUUCAUAUAAUCUGUAAGCUUUUUGUGAAGCCACAUUGGCUUUUUCUUCUGUCUUCCCCCUUUUUUCCUUGAUGGAAUUGUUUGCCAUUGUGCCUUUAGAAUUUCCUUUUUUAGAAACUCACACUGCAUCUUGGACUCCUUUUCUCAUUAGGAUUGCUUGCCAUGGAACCUUAUUUACUAUUUUCUGAGUUUGUUAAAAUUGGCUUUCCUCAAGUCCAGAGUACGUGUAUGGCUAUUCUCAGCUUUUGCUUCCUUUAAAAUCAAGAACUCAGAUAUAGCAUGGUCACUUUCCCCCACAAUUCCCGUAACUGCCACUUCAUCCACUAAGUCAUCUCUAUUGGCUAGAAUCAAUAAAUUAGUAACAUCGUAAACAGAAAUACAUAUUCAUUACAGCCAAGUGUUGUUCAAACACUGCAUGGGGAAGAGGUAUAAGCUGAUUCAGUAGAUUAACAGGGCAAUCCUACACAUGUCUACUCAGAAAUAAAUUCUAUUGAGUUCAAUGGGGAUUACAGCUAAACGGGCAUAGGAGUGCAGCCAAAUAUAGGCACACCAUUUUAAGGUUAGAUUUUUGUUAGGCAAAUAAAUAUGGCUUGUUAAUAUUGUGCUGAGGAAGCACAAGAGUUCCAGAAUUGUGCUUCAACAAAUAAUCUUUCAAAUAUUCACUUUAAAAUACACAUUUUUUGCAACUCACAAAGGACAAUUUCGUAACUGAGACCAACCCAAGACAUUUUGCUGCUUGAGAUUAAAAUUAUAUCUCCUCCCAAUUCCAUGCACAAAAGCAAACUGGACUGGCAGUUGAAUCUUACUUUAGCAAUGACAAUGUGAUAUCAUUCUCUACUGAAUUUCAGAAGGCAGGUUAGUUUGGGGGGGCAGGAUGGGCCAUAUAAUAAGAACAUUCACAGUUCAAUCCUACAACAGAGGGGAAUGGUCAGGAAGCUCAAGAGCAACAACCAGAGAGGCUACUGCCAGUGUCCCCCGGUGUCACCUGAGGUGGUUGCCUCACUCUGCCUAAUGGUAUGGCCAGCCUUGGUCAUAAUUCAAUGGUAUUUUACAUUUGAAGGUUUUAACUUUUAUGCAACAUCUAAGCUAUCAAAUGCUAAAAUGUUAAGGAUUACAUAAUUCCUUUUAUGCUGUCAGUCUUGUGAGAACCAGUUUCCAAAACAUAGGUGAUGCUGGCAAUUGUGCUCCAAUGUUAAGUAAGAAUUCAAGAUACACUUGUAAUGUGUACACAGAAAACACUUAGCAUUAUACCUCUUAAACAGGAACUAUUAGAGAAUAUGAAAACCACAACAUAUUAGUAUGCUGGUUAUUCUGAUGUGCAGUGCAAUCUUAGCCUAAUUACUUAGAAAUAAAUCCCACUGAGUUUGGUGGGACUCACACCCUAAUAAGUAUGCUUAGGAUUGCAGCUUUAAACUCAUAUAUAUAUUACAUCCUAUGCCCAAUAUCUCAAGAGGAUUGAUUGUUUUAAUACAAUUAAGACAUCUAUUAAGGAAAUAAUUUUCCUUGCUUCCAGAGUAAAUGGUUGAGAGUUGUAAUGAAGCAUCAGUAAUGUUAUCUUAACUGACUUUGGUUUGGGUUCAAAUCAACAUAAGCACACACAAAAAUAAAAGUUGAGACUCAAGAUUGGAUUAUAAUUUGUUAGUGGAGCCCUCCUGUCUGAUGGAGGCUAACGGAAUCAAAGGAAACAAUCCUGUGCACAUUGAAUUCUGUCCAGCUUGCUCUACACUAGGGGCAGAAGGGGAAAAGGACAUGGAAGGUGCUUUAGACAUUCAAGAUUAAACUCCCAGGUGCUGUUGUUACUUUCACAUGUAAGACCAAAAGUGCUUUCUGUGUUGGUGUGAGAAGAUAAAUGCUACCAUCAAUCCAUAUGUGUGCUUUCACAAGGGACUGUCACAGGCUGAGGCUGAUUUGUGGCUACCAACCAACACACUCAAAAAUCUGUGUCAACCACAACAGCAAUAAUAAUAUAAUUUAAAAUACUUAACAUCUAGCCACUUUGAUUGUUUUAUACAAGAUGGA